AUGUCAAUUGCGCGAGCUUUACAUACAACAACUGCGUUAACAGAUGGAAAUAUUUUGGUUGCCGGCGGGCGCUCUAGUAGUAGUUUUACUAAUACUGCUGAACUAUACAAUUCAACAACAGGUAUUUGGACUUUUACAGGAAAUGUGAGAAGUACGCGAAUGGGAUAUGUAGCAGUGCUAUUACAAGAUGGUAAAGUAUUAAUUGCUGGUGGAUUACUCAUUGCAAGUACUUAUCUUAAAACUGCCGAGUUAUAUGACCCGAUAACAACAACUUGGGCAGUUACCGGUAACAUGACUAUUGAACGAAAUCAACCUACAGCACAUUUGCUAAUGGAUGGCAAAGUAGAUAUAUACCUAGAGGAUCUGUAUUAA